AUGGAAAGGGUAGGUGAAGAUGAGGAGAAGUCCAUUGAAGAAGAAGCAAGCACCUCAGUAGAGGAGACGAGGAGUGAUAACAAAGACGAAAGGAGCAGAGAAACAAUCACUGAACUGGUUGAUACAGUAGGUUCAACAGAAGAAGUCUCCACGGAUCCAUCUAACUCACAGUCAGUGACCUUUGAAGAUCAUGAUGUAAAUGGAUAUGAAAUGGAAGACGAGCAGGUUGUCGAGCUUUCCAGACGUAAUAGCCGUGUGAAACCUGAGGUCUCCGAGACAAACACCUUCCCAUAUCUGAAUAAGUCUGAAGGGAUGGUACUUCAGUUCCAAGAAGAAACUCCUGCAGAAACAGAACAAACAAAUGUAUUGUUCCAUGGUUUGAGUAGUCUGAAUUCGCCGGAAAUACAUGAGGGAACCAAGUCAUCAUAA